AUGGGCACUGCAGGCACAGCCGUCCGGCCGGUUCAACCGCCUCGAUCGCCCAUAGUUGCUCCCGCCAUGAGUCGUCCCUGCAUCGACGCAGAAAAGAGCACUCGGUCACAAGGGACAGACUACAUCAAGACAGUUUCGAGGCCUGCCAAAACCACAGUCGGGCACCGGACAUGGACGACGAAGCUGGGUCACGGGCGUGGCACUCCAUUUGCCGUCACCGUGAUCAUUGCUGCUCUCUUGCUCGUUAGCUUCACCGCCAAGUGGUGCCAGCAGCAGAAUCUGGCCGGGAAGCGACUGUUCUCCCUGCCGCCUUCUGAAGUUCCCUACUACGGCCGCAGCCCUCCGGUCUAUCCGUCUCCUUCCGGGAAUGGGUCGUCCAGCUCGGCCUGGGCACGAGCCUACGGCAAAGCGUGCGCUCUUGUCGACCAGAUGACGCUGGAGGAGAAGGUCAACCUGACACACGGCUGGCCAGGCCGCUGUGCGGGAAACUCGGGGACGGUGCCGCGUCUGGGCGUGCCUUCGCUCUGUUACGCGGACGCUCCCGACGGCGUGCGUGGCCAGGAAUUUGUGCCUGCUUUCCCGGCCGGGAUCCAUCUGGCCUCGACCUUUGACGCAGACCUGAUGUACCGCUACGGCAAGGCUGUCGGGAGCGAGUUCUACGGACGAGGCGUGCACGUCGCUCUCGGCCCGGUGGCUGGACCUCUCGGCCGCAUCGCCCGCGGUGGACGCAACUGGGAAGGCCUCAGCAACGACCCGUAUCUAGCGGGCGUUGGGUUGGGGGCCAUCACGCGCGGCAUGCAGGAGGCCGGCGUGAUUGCUACGCCUAAACACUUCCUCCUCAACGAACAGGAGUUCCGGCGCCGCGAGACGGCCCGCCAGCCGACGCCCGGCAUUGUGGGCGAGGCGGUCAGCACAAACGUCGACGACCGCACAUUGCACGAGCUAUACGUGUUUCCGUUCAUGGACGCGCUGGCGGCCGGAGCGGCGGCAAUCAUGUGCUCGUACCAGCGGGCGAACCAUUCGUAUGGCUGUCAGAACUCGAAACUGCUCAACGGCGUGCUCAAGACCGAGCUCGGCUUCGAAGGCUUUGUCGUCAGCGACUGGGACGGUCAGCAUUCGGGUGUGGCCUCGGCCCUGGCGGGUCUCGACGUGGCCAUGCCCGGCAGCGAUGGCUUCUGGGCCGGCGGGCUGCUGGCCACAGCCGUCACCAACGGAUCGGUCGCCGUCGAGCGCAUCGACGACAUGGCCACGCGCAUCUUGGCGUCUCGGAGCUACAUCGAAGAGAUCGGAGAAAACGGGCUCGGCCAGAUGUUGUUAACCGGUCUCCCCUUCCCGAUACCGCCGGCCAUCUACGCCAGCACGGAGCGCCACCCUCCUGUCGACGUGCAGGCCGGCCACGCGGCCCUGAUCCGCACCAUUGGGGCUGCGGGCACUGUGCUGGUCAAGAACGUCAACCACACGCUGCCGCUAGGCCGGCCGCGGUUCCUCUGUGUGUAUGGCUACGAUGCGGUCGUCAAAGCCGGUCCAUGGGACGACCCUGCUCGCUUCGGCGGUGGCUACAACGUCAACGGCGGCUGGAACACGCUCAACGGCACGCUGAUCACGGGCGGCGGAUCCGGUGGCAGCACGCCGCCAUACGUGGUAUCGCCGUUCCAGGCGCUGCAAGAGCGCGUGGUGGCCGAGGGAGGCGUUCUGCGGUGGGACUUUCACGCCGAGGCGCCACCGGUGAUCUACGCCAACGCCGAUGCCUGUCUCGUCUUUAUUAACGCCUACGCUUCCGAGAUCUUCGACCGACCCAGCCUGACGGACCAGUUCAGCGAUCAGCUCGUGCUCAACGUUGCCAGCAGCUGUGCCAACACCAUUGUGGUCGUGCACUCGGCCGGCAUCCGCGUGGUCGACGCGUGGAUCGACCAUGUCAACGUGACGGCCGUGUUGUUUGCCGGUUUGCCGGGACAGGAGUCGGGCCACAGCCUGACGGACGUGCUGUACGGCGACGUCAACCCGUCUGGCCGGUUGCCGUAUACGGUGGCGCGGCGCGAGUCAGACUACGGGGCGCUGCUCAGUCCGUGCCUGUCUACGGAAUACUACCCCGACGACGACUUUUCCGAGGGCCUGUAUAUCGACUACCGCGCUUUUGACCGCCGCGGCAUCGAACCGCGAUUUCCCUUUGGUUUCGGGCUGUCAUACACCACAUUUGACUACGGCCCCGAGCUGACGGUCGACGUGGUCGGGGCAAAAGAGAAGGAGACGGAGACGGAGACGACGUCUAACAGCACCAUACCCGCGUUCCCCGACCCAGACGUGCCCGUCGUGCAGGGCGGCCACCCAGACUUGUGGCAGACGGUGGCCGUUGUGCGCAGCCGCAUCGCCAACAGCGGGGAGACGGCCGGGACCGAGGUGGUGCAGCUCUAUGUCGGAGUGCCAGGUGCAGAUGGCGCCAUCACGGCGGGGGAUUCGCCCGUGCGGCAGCUUCGAGGAUUUCGGCGCGUCGGUCCGCUAGCGGCUGGGCAGGAGGCCAUCGUGGAGUUUGUGCUGACGCGACGAGACCUCAGCGUGUGGGACGCGGCGGCGCAGCAGUGGCGGCUGCGGCAAGGGACCUACCAGCUGUAUGUCGGGGCGAGCAGUCGGGAUCUGAGGGUGAACGGGACGCUACUGAUUUAG